UCCAACUCUGAUAAAGGCGAUGGCUCUGUCAAGUACAUCCUUACUGGAGAAGGAGCUGGGACUAUAUUCAUCAUUGACGACACCACCGGUGACAUCCACUCAACCAAAAGCCUGGACAGAGAGCAGAAGACUCACUAUGUGCUUCAUGCCCAGGCUAUUGACAGACGGACGAACAAGCCUCUGGAACCUGAGUCCGAGUUCAUCAUCAAAGUGCAAGACAUCAAUGACAAUGCUCCGAAGUUCACAGACGGACCAUACAUCGUUACUGUGCCUGAAAUGUCAGAUAUGGGUACCUCUGUACUACAGGUGACAGCUACAGAUGCAGAUGACCCCACCUAUGGAAACAGUGCUCGAGUUGUUUACAGCAUCCUGCAAGGACAACCUUAUUUCUCUGUAGAUCCUAAAACAGGAGUCAUUCGAACAGCUUUACACAACAUGGAUAGAGAAGCCAGAGAGCAUUACUCAGUGGUCAUUCAAGCCAAAGACAUGGCUGGGCAGGUUGGCGGACUUUCUGGAUCCACAACUGUCAACAUUACCUUGACUGAUGUCAAUGACAACCCACCACGGUUCCCACAGAAACACUAUCAACUGUACGUUCCUGAAUCUGCUCAAGUUGGUUCAGCUGUUGGAAAAAUCAAGGCAAAUGAUGCAGACACGGGCUCAAAUGCAGAUAUGACCUACUCCAUCACUAAUGGAGACGGGAUUGGAGUAUUCUCUAUAUCCACUGACAAGGACACCAGAGAAGGAAUACUUUCCUUAAAGAAGCCACUGAACUAUGAGAAAAAGAAGUCUUACACACUCAACAUUGAGGGAGCAAAUACACAUCUGGAUUUCCGCUUUUCCCACUUGGGUCCAUUUAAGGAUGCCACCAUGCUGAAGAUCAUUGUUGGGGAUGUGGAUGAACCACCACUCUUUUCUAUGCCUUCCUAUGUCAUGGAAGUCUAUGAAAAUGCCAAGAUUGGGACGAUUGUUGGCACUGUCUUGGCACAGGAUCCAGACAGUGCUAACAGCUUAGUAAGGUAUUUCAUCAACCACAGUACUGAAGAGGAGAGAUUUUUCAACAUUGAUGCAAAUACUGGAACCAUUAAGACAUCCAAAGUACUGGAUAGAGAAGAAACACCCUGGUAUAAUAUCACAGUGACUGCUUCAGAAAAUGACAAUCCUGAUUUGCUGAGCCAUGUCUCCGUGGGUAUUAGAGUUCUGGAUGUCAAUGACAAUCCACCCGAACUUGCCAGGGAAUAUGAUAUUGUUGUCUGUGAGAAUUCUAAGCCUGGUCAGGUUAUCCACACCAUCACUGCCACUGAUAAAGAUGACUUUGCCAAUGGACCAAGAUUUAAUUUUUUUCUUGAUGAACGCCUGCCCAUGAACCCAAAUUUCACACUUAAGGACAAUGAAGAUAACACAGCCAGCAUUCUGACAAGGCGGAGGAGAUUUAGUCGAACUAUGCAGGAUGUGUAUUAUCUGCCCAUUAUGAUCUCUGAUGGUGGAAUCCCCUCUCUCAGCAGCAGCAGCACCCUCACCAUCAGGGUUUGUGCAUGCGAGAGAGAUGGGCGCGUGCGGACCUGCCAUGCAGAAGCCUUCCUGUCCUCCGCUGGUUUGAGCACAGGAGCCCUAAUCGCUAUUCUUCUCUGUGUUGUCAUUCUUCUAGCCAUUGUGGUCCUUUUUAUCACCUUGAGGCGCAGCAAGAAAGAGCCCUUGAUCAUUUCAGAGGAGGAUGUGCGAGAGAACGUGGUGACUUAUGAUGACGAGGGAGGAGGGGAGGAAGACACUGAGGCCUUCGACAUCACAGCUUUGAGAAAUCCUUCCGCUGCAGAGGAGUUCAAGUACCGCAGAGACAUUCGGCCUGAAGUGAAGCUCACUCCUAGACAUCAGACAUUGUCCACCCUGGAGAGCAUAGACGUUCAGGAGUUUAUUAAGCAAAGACUGGCAGAAGCAGACCUGGACCCCAGUGUGCCCCCUUAUGACUCUCUUCAGACUUAUGCCUACGAGGGUCAGAGGUCAGAAGCUGGGUCUAUCAGCUCACUGGACUCUGCAACCACGCAAUCAGACCAGGAUUAUCACUACCUUGGAGACUGGGGGCCUGAGUUUAAAAAGUUAGCUGAACUCUAUGGAGAAAUAGAAUCUGAAAGAACAACUUAGGGGGUUAAUUCUUUCUUUUCUUUUUUUUUUUCUUUCCUUUUUUUUUUUUUUUUGAGCUAUGUAGAAUUUGCUUCCUGACCAAGUGGAGAUAUGACCUCAAUAUGACAAGGAAGUCGAGCGGAAACAGUACUUGGAACUGAGCAAGCUGUACACAGCUCCUGUAGAAACAAGUGCCCUUUUUAUGAUCAAAAAAUGGGUUAUUUAAUUGGAAGAAAGUCGACUAUUAAAAAAUAAUAACAAUAACAGAGGAAAAAGCUAUUGUUUCUUGUGUAUAUUUUCAAACUCUCAAUAAAGUCUAUGGUACUGUUUAAUUAAGAAUAACUGAACAAAGCCAAACAGUGGAUAUUUAUUUCAUGAUGUUGUGACUUAUUUUUUCCAAAGCAAAAUUAAACAAAGGAGGUUUAAAAUCACUGUCAGGCCCUUGCACUGAACAUGGACACGUACAGAGGUAGUCACAGCCUCCUUUCUGGGUAGAACUUCCAGACCCCUAGUCUGUUACUGUAACAGAUCUCAUUAUCCUGUUCCUUUGCUGAACAUCCAUGAAGUAUCCCUUAAAUUCCAGGCAACUCUGACAUGGACUUGAAUAUCCCGUUUUCCUCAGCCCUCCCCACUUCUUUUCUCCACACAAAGCUGAUGGAGCAUGGGGAAUUGCUGCCUGCACUAUGACAUAUGCAACUUCCGUGCGCCGGACAUGCACUGUUCUCAGCACGGAGACAAAGUUCUCUGUCCUACCCAUAGUACGGUAUGUUAACAGGAGAUGCCCGAUUCAAAUUGAUAGAAUGAAAGAACUCUGAUCAUCAGAUACGUCAGGGAAGUUUCGAUUUAAACUCUAAACCUCAUCAUGCAUAAAACAUUGAAAACCUUUCUUUUUCUGUUUUUAUUCCCUUUCAUUUUAAAAAGUACAUUUCUACCUUAUAUUGGUUGUCUUUUUUUUUUCCUGACCCGUUUAUACUUCACCAUGGUUCACUUAUAUCCAUUUGAGGUAGUCAUCCAUCAUGUGUAUGUCGCUUAGUCUGAUCACAUUGUAGCAUUUCUUGUUCUUGAGCCACCUUCUUUCUUCUCAGCUUCCCCGUUCAUCCUUGCACAUGUGGUAUUUACAAGAGAAUACAUAGUAGCAGGCCAAAGAAGUGAAGGAAUCACUCAGCUGACCCCUGAAGAGAUCCCAAGGGUCUCUGAAUUUCAGGGUCCCCAACUGCAGUAUGAAAAUGGUAAUGAUUUUCCUGCCUACCUCACAGGGCUGUUGUGAGGGAAAAGCAGGCCCGGUAGAACUCUUUGACAAGUGCAACGUAUUUUGCCUCCUGAAGAUUUGCACAUACCUAAAUGACCAAUACAAUUAGCUGCAACAUAUAGGCAUACACGAACUUCACUAGACAAUGGUCUUAUGAUGAGAAAUUUUAUGAAACCAUCAAGAUUAAAACUACUGUUAACAUCAAUAUGUAAUAUACAAUACUAAUAAUUUAAUAUUUUCCAAAAUCUCAUUUUCUUUAUAACUUCUUGGGGCUUUUUAAACUUUUAUUUAAGGAAUAUUUUAUUCCCUUGUUCUGGGGGCUUUAUGUAAAAAAGAAAUAGAACAUUAAGGUACUACACUUUGAAAUUACCUCGUCUAUGUAUUCCUGGUUAAUUGGAAUUUUUAAACACAUAAGGUAUAAACUAUUUGAAGGAAUAUAUGUUUUUCAUUUAAUCUUUAAAUUUAUUAUAUUAUAAUGUCCCCAAAUGUUCUAUGGUGUUUCUUGAUUCCACCCUUGUGCAAAUUUUGGGACUGUGCCUCUGUUUGAAUCUGCCUUGUGCUGUCAUAUUCCAGUUUUGAGGUUUGGGAACUGAGUUUCAUUUGAAUAACUCUCAGUUUGUGUUCUAAGCCUGAGGAAUAAAGUGGAAUCCAAGCCUUUUACAACA